UGAUAAUAGAGUUUAGUAUCCCUCAUAUCACUAGAACAUGAAACAACACAACCAAAAUCUACAUUCAUUCUCGAUAAUCUCCCAUAUAUUGAUAUGACGACUACCCCCAUCAAACUCGUCCUUUUCUUCUUCACGGUAGUCGUCGUGUUCUUAUCCUCUCAUGGGGCUAAAGAAAUCUUGCUGAAAAACGAAGUUAUCCGGGAUGCAAAUCACGAAACACUCGUUUCCCCCGGAAAAAUCUUUCAAAUGGGUUUCUUUGAGCUACAACCAAACCAUAGGUAUGUUGGGAUAUGGUAUUACUUAGAUCCCAAAACAAUUGUAUGGGUCGCCAACCGUGACUCCCCGAUUUCAUCAUCUUCCUCCAUAAUUACUAUCCAAGACGAUGGUAAUUUUGUGGUGAAAGACAGUUCUAUGAACUAUUUCACCACAAACUUACAUUCAGGUUCAGGAUCCGAUCGCCGGACCCUAAAGCUAUCAGAUACGGGGAACGCGAUACUGACAGAUGAAUCUGGAAAACAUUUUUGGUCCAGUUUCGCGUUCCCAACCGAUACUUUCCUUCCAGGAAUGUAUAUGGAGAAAACCAUGAAAAUUGUAUCAUGGAAAACUCCAAAUGAUCCGGGAACCGGAAGUUUCGUGUUCCAAAAAGAUCAAGUCUUCGGCUACAACAAUUACACGGUUUUCACCGGAAAAAGCCUUCAUUGGAAAAGCGGAUUCGGUCUAGAACCCAACAAAAACCUCACCAAGAUAGCAAUGGCUGCACUUGAACUGUUGUCAAACUCCACUCAAAAGUCAACUUACUCAAGGCUUUUAAUGAAUUCUUCCGGUGAAGUCCAAUUCUAUAGUUGGGAUUCAAGAUUCAGCAAAUGGGUAUUAAAUUGGUCGGAACCUAGGGAUUAUUGUAGUAGAUUCAACGUUUGUGGGCCAAACAGAAGCUGUAACGUCACUACAACGAUGGAAAACGAUUCGAUCUGUAACUGUUUACCUGGUUUUGAGCUUAUGGAUGAUGUAGCUUCAUCGCAACAAAUCUGCAAAAGGACUUCGACUAUAUGUAGUGGGAACGACACUAGUUUCUUGGGCAUGGAGAUCAUGAAGAUCGAUGUAACAUUUGCUACGUUUUUGGAGUCUAGAAGUGCGUCGGAAUGUAAAGAAAAGUGUUUGGGUUUGGAUUGUUGUCAAGCUUAUUCGUAUAAUGAUGUUGGGAAUCCAGAAUUGGUUCGAGUUGGAGUUCCUGGAGGUAAACAAGGGUGCUGGAUAUGGAGUUCUGGAUCGUAUCUUGUUGAUGUUCAGGUUGGUGAUGGAGUUACUGGAGUUGAAGUUUUUAUCAGAAACCCUAUUUCGAAAGCGAUUAAAAAACCCCCUACGACUCAAGUACCUAAUCAAAGUGUAAAAAGGUCAAAGUCAACAUCUUCCGCAUUCAUUAUCCUUUCUGCAACUGCCAUUCCUGGAAUUCUACUUUUUUGCUGCAUAGCGUUUAUUUGUUAUAGGAGAAGGAUCAAUAUCAGGAAAGCACAAGGAAAGGAAGAAAGCGAAUCUGUCCAUCAAUUUAAUGAAAGUGUGAGGCAAGUUCAGGAUAUGCUAGAUCCAUUCAAUGAAAGUGAUUCGCCAACCAUUGGUAUACCUUUCUUUGACUUUGAAAAAAUAUCGUCUUCCACAGAUGGCUUCUCAGAAGCAAAUAUGCUUGGGGAAGGUGGUUUUGGACCCGUUUACAAGGGUAAGUUCCCUGGGGGACUAGAAGUUGCGGUGAAGAGGCUAUCAAUCCAUUCAGGACAAGGUUUAGAAGAGUUCAAGAAUGAGGUUACAUUGAUUGCAAAACUUCAACAUCGAAAUCUUGUUAGACUAUUGGGAUAUUGCAUGAAGGGAAAUGAGAAGAUGCUCAUAUAUGAGUAUAUGCCUAACAAAAGCUUAGAUGCAUUCAUAUUUGAUGGGACACAAAGUGCAUUGCUUGAUUGGCCAAAAAGGUUUGAAAUAAUCAUGGGGAUUUGUAGAGGUCUCAUAUAUCUUCAUCAAGAUUCGAGGUUGAGAAUCAUCCAUAGAGAUUUAAAGACAAGUAAUAUAUUAUUAGAUGAAGAUUUAAAUCCGAAAAUAUCAGAUUUUGGAUUGGCAAAGAUUGUCAAUGGCAAAGAAGUGGAAUCUAAUACAAAAAGAGUUAUUGGAACCUAUGGUUAUAUGGCUCCGGAAUAUGCAUUAGAAGGGUUAUUUUCAAUCAAAUCUGAUGUUUAUAGUUUUGGAGUAGUUGUUCUUGAGAUUAUCAGUGGGAAAAAGAAACAUUAUCAAUGCGAUCAAGCCAUUAGUCUUCUCAAUUAUGCUUGGCAUUUGUGGAAGGAAGGUAGUCCGUUGGAUCUAAUGGAACGAGUCUUAACAGAAAGUUACAACGCAGAUGAAGUACUAAAAUGCCUAUUAAUUGGGCUUUUAUGUGUGCAAGAAGAUCCUGAUGAUCGUCCUACGAUGUCCAAUGUAGUAACUAUGCUCACUAGCGACAUUGCUACACUUCCUGAACCAAAACAACCGGCAUUUUUAGUGGCCAAAUGGGCAGGUGUGACGGGUCAAAUGAUGAGUCACACUAUGACGGGUCAAACAAUGAGUCAUAGUGUGACGGGUCAAACGAUGAGUCAUAGUGUGACGGGUCAAACAAUGAGUCAUAGCAGGUAAUUCAAAAUAGUCGUAAUUGAAAGUGUAAAUCAACAACGGUGUCAAUAAUUUGGAUAUUGGGAGUAUAAAUAUAGUUGAAAUCAAAUUAAAUAUUUUCUCAAAGUUCUUUAAUGUAUAAAGUUGUACCUCC